GUGUGUGCGCGCGCAUGUGUGCACGUGUGUGUGUGUGUGCGCGCCUGUGUGCGCGCGCGCGCGGGCGUGUGUGUGUUUCGGAACCAGGCUUAACACCAGCAGCUGCUUUCUGAUCCACACGUUUGAGUUUGUAGGGUGAAGACCCCUGAGUGGAUACACCUGGAAUUAAAAAAAACAACAACAAAUAAGUGUGUAUGUAUGUAUAUAUACCGGAGUGGUGAGGAUGAGGUCUGCUCUCUUCCUCGUCCUCCUCCUCUCCUCACUCUGCUCUCUCCUCCUGCUCUCCCACAUCCCGAUCAUCUCGGCCUGUAACAAAGCUCUGUGUGCCAGUGACGUGAGCAAGUGCCUUCUGCAGGGCCUGUGUCAGUGUCAGCCUUCAGAAGGAAAUUGUUCGUGCUGUAAAGAGUGUAUGCUGUGUUUGAACACACUAUGGGAAGAGUGCUGUGACUGUGUUGGCAUGUGUAACCCGAGGAACUACAGCGAGACUCCGCCCACUUCCAAAAGCACGGUGGAGGACCUCCACGCCCCGAUCCCGUCACUCUUUAGGGCCCUCACUGAUGGAGACACUCCCAUUAACAUGAUGGUGGUGUCGUUUCCCGUGGCUGAGGAACUCUCGCACCACGAGAACCUUGUUUCCUUUCUGGAGUCUCUGGUGCAAGACCAUCAAAGUGUUUCUCUGUCUGGGACAAGCCUCCAUGAUACCUAUGAGAAAGAUAACCUGUGCACGGUGGUGUAUUUUGACGAGUGCUUGUCUAUCCGUCAGUGUAAGCAGUACUGUGAAUCGAUGGGUGCAUCAAAGUAUCGCUGGUUCCAUAAUGCGUGCUGCGAGUGCAUUGGACCUGAAUGUGUGGACUAUGGCAGCAAAACUGUCAAAUGUAUGAACUGUCUCUUCUGAAAGCACUCACUCUCUCUCACUCUCUCUCUCUCUCUCUCUCUCUCUCUCUCUCUCACACACACACACACACACACACACACAGAAUUGUGUUUCAGUAUCAAUUCUAUGAUUUAUUAAUAUCAAUAUUGCAUAUUCUUUGGGUACGCUACAUCUUUACUGACCUUGUAUAUUUUUAACUUUAGUUGUUGAUGCUCUCCGCACAAAUGAAUAUGUGCUUAACCCUUUCCUGCUUGUGGAACAUUGUUAGACACUAGAUGGCACUCUCUUACAGAAAAGCUUCCUGUUUAAUCACAUAGCUGAGAUAGAGAAACCUAUUCCACACAGACAUCUACAUUAAUCGCAGUCUCACAUGUCUGUAUGCUUUUAUAGAGACCUACAGGUAAUACGUUACCAUGUGAUUCACUAAACUGACAUCAUUUCAUAUGAACCAUUGAGCUAAGUAAAAUAAACAGCUGAACAAAUUAGCAUUUGUAUUAAUUGACUAAAGAAGAAUAAACCAAAUAAUUCAAAAUAUUAACCAGUGUUUGUACCAUCAGUGAGUAAAAUUAAGCCAACAAGAAGAAAUUUAUAAGAGAUAAGAGUUUACAUUUGCAUCUCUCUCUUUUGCUCCAGUUGUUUACAUGGAUUUAUUUUCAUUCCCGGAUUGAUGAGCUGGCACUUUAGUCAAUCUCAGUGUAUGUCAUUAACAUUUAAACAGUCAUUGUGUUUUCUACCAAAAUUCUCAAUUCUGAUUGGUCAGAAAAUGAUGAUUUAUUUGCUAUGACAGCAGCUCUGGAAAUAAUUCCAGCUGAAAGAUAAAUAACCAGUUUUUAUUAAUGCACUCGUUCAAGUAGUUUUUUUGUUUCUAUAGAUAUUACCAACUCGGUCACAGGGACUUGUAUAUCAGAUGCUCCACAUAAACCUGGGUCUGUAUUCAUGAACAUUCUAAAGUCUUAGAAAUGUGAGUUUUUCCACUUCAAAUUACAGAGAAGAUCCUAGUAAAGAUAAAAGUUAUUUAUAAACAUCUUCACCCUUAAAAGAGCUCAUAUAGUCUUAGGAGUAGUGAGAGGGACUUUUAAGAGGCAUAAGAGUUUCUUUAGCAGAGGAGAAAAUGGCCAAAAGGUGAAGAGGGAGAAGAAAUGUAUUGUAUACAAUAUUUAAUAAUGAUAGUGAGUUAAUAAAAUGAUACAGAUUUGAUCAUAUAUAUAUAUAUAUAUAUAUAUAUAUAUAUAUAUAUAUAUAUAUAUAUAUAUAUAUAUAUAUAUAUAUUGUCAUUUAGAGAUAUGCUAACAUCUUUGAAACAGAGCCAAAAUGCCAAGGGAUUAUUUUUGUGACCAAUCAAGUUAAAGAUAACAUAGAUCUCUAAUGUAUAUCUAUAUAUAAUAACGUAUAUCUGUAUAUAAUACAUAUAUACAUUGGUAUUUAGAGAUACAUUAACAUCUUUGAAACAGAGGCGAAAUGCAACAGAAAUGAUAUAAAUUGCCUCUAUAUGACAUUUCUGCUCUGUUUCGGAGAUUUACAUUUACAUUACAUUUAUUACAUUUCUAACAUACAGAUGUUACAACAUCUCUAACAUUAUCGGAUAGGAACGUAAUCCCUACACAAUAUAGACUCAAAUGUCUUAAUAUAGAGACAAAGUUAAGGAUUAUAAUAGACAUUUUUUAACAAAAGUGCUCCUUUUGUUUAUAAGAAUGUGUCAUAGCUAGUAAUAGGGUUAAGUUUUUGUAUUUUCCUUGCUCAGAGUUGCUCUGGUCCUGAAUCAUCAAGUUAAGAUUCCUAGUUAGAAAUUUUGGGAUCAUUCUUAGAAUCUGUAUAGAAUACGGGCCCAGAUUUUUUAUUAGAUUUUAAACAGAUUUUAUUUAGCAAAGAAUAAAUUCCUGCUAUGGUGAAGCUUUCUGUGAGGAGAACAUUGGUCUUCAGUGCCAGAACUUUGUAACUGUUGUUUACCAUUUCACAGUUUUCAGAUUAUUUUUACCCUGUUUUUAUUUGUUAUAACAUUAAAUGGAACUAUUAUAGGUUAAAAUGUUAAACUUGGAUGUGCUGUUAUUAAAAAACACAAACCUGACCUUGAUUAUUUCCCCAAAACAGCACACCUUCAUAUGGUUUAUUCCUAUUGUAAUGUUAACUGAUGUAAUGAAUAUGUUAAUAAACAGGAACUUUAAUGUAUAAGUUUAUGUAUUCUUGUUUUUGAUAUAUAAUAAAGGAAGUAUUUACUUA